GCGCUCGGAUGAGCUGUGGCAGACAUGGCAGAAAUCCUCAGCGAGCACAAAGUGGCAGAAAGCGCACAAAAGAUGGACACAGAGACCGCGCAGCCGCCGUCUAAAAGCUCCGGGAGUGGAUACGAGCUGCCGUGGGUGGAAAAAUACCGACCGCAGCAGCUUAACCACAUCGUGGGAAACGAAGAGACUGUUAGUCGACUGGAGGUUUUCGCCCGAGAGGGAAACGUCCCAAACAUCAUCAUAGCAGGUCCUCCAGGAACAGGAAAGACCACCAGCAUCCUUUGUCUGGCUAGAGCUCUGCUGGGAUCCUCCAUGAAGGAUGCUGUGCUGGAACUGAAUGCCUCCAAUGACAGGGGAAUCGAUGUGGUGAGGAAUAAGAUCAAGAUGUUUGCUCAGCAGAAGAUAACGCUUCCCAAAGGAAGACACAAAAUCAUCAUCCUGGAUGAAGCCGACAGCAUGACUGAUGGUGCGCAGCAGGCAUUGAGGAGGAUUAUGGAGAUCUAUUCAAAGACAACUCGUUUUGCUUUGGCGUGUAACGCAUCUGACAAGAUCAUUGAGCCCAUCCAGUCUCGGUGUGCCGUGCUGCGGUACUCCAAGCUGAGCGAUGGGCAGAUUCUGGCCCGGCUGCAGGAGGUGGUGGAGCAAGAGGGUCUGGUUGUGUCUGACGAUGGGCUGGAGGCCGUCAUCUUCACCGCUCAGGGGGACAUGAGACAGGCGCUGAACAACCUUCAGUCCACUCACUCCGGCUUCGGUUACAUCAACAGCGAGAACGUGUUCAAGGUGUGCGACGAGCCACACCCUCUGCUGGUGAAAAGCAUGCUGGGACACUGUGUGGAAGGUAAAAUUGAUGAGGCGUACAAGGUGGUGGAGCAGCUGUGGGCGCUGGGGUACUCGCCAGAGGACAUCAUUGGAAACAUCUUCAGGGUUUGCAAGACCUACCAGAUGGCGGAGUACCUGAAACUGGAGUUCAUCAAGGAGAUUGGAUACACUCACAUGCGUGUGGCUGAAGGUGUGAACUCUUUGCUGCAGAUGGCUGGAUUACUGGGGAGACUCUGCAGUAAGACAGCUCCCCCUGCUGUCUGCUGAGCAGCUGCUCAUUGGCACAGUUUGCUUCCUGUCCUGCUCAUUUUUCAUUUUGGAUUCACCUGGGAGGAAAAAAAUAAAUAAAUGUUAUUUG